GGUCAUAAUAGCACACUUUUACUACAUUUGGGCAUCUGUCAAAGUGGCACUUUCCCACCAUUGGUUAUGAAACUAUACGCUUUCGAGUGUACAUUUUCUGUAUGUACUAUUUUCAGUCAGACUGAAAAAUAAUGCCCAGUUCAAAUAUAUGAGAUGAUAUAAUUAUAUUUUUUUUAGAAGUAACCGUUUCAUGUGUAUGUGAUGCAGUGUUAAUAGUAGGUUCAACUUCAAUAUUCUAAUGCACAGCAAAGUUAUUUAUUCAAGUAGAGGAAGUGCAAUUGUGCUAACUGGAUUGCAGACGCUUUGCCAAUAUCACGACAAGUUGGCACACCCAUGUCUAUAUAAGUAUAUACCUAAUCAAACCCAGGCCCCGUAAUGCUUCCAAUAAUAUAGGACGUCCUUUCUGCAUGAUCACCUCCCACUGAAUACAAAUGUCAUAGUCGUAUUCUCUUACAAUAGUCAGGGUACCACUACUACAAAUAGCCAGGCCAUUUGGCUGGCAGCCUGCAUCUGGUGUAGACAAACAUUCAUGUGCUUCCUAUAAGUGCAUUUGACUCAUGCAGAGAAAGGGUUCGGUGGAGAGUCUCCCAGGCUCCGAGAGGGAGAUGUACGAGCGACAACUGGAGCAGCUCCAAGAACAGCUGGUGGCAGCCAUGAUAGAGAACCAGAACCUAGAAAAGGUGCACACAGAGUUGAAGAAAGAAAGAGACAAGAACCAGGAGCUACAGAGACGACUACAUGACCAUGAGUACAGCCAGGAGGAGGCACCAGCAACACCCAGCAUUCUGAGAAGGCGACGCCCCCCUGGUGAUGUUGACCCCGCAGAUGAAGCCCUGGAGAACCUGGACCAUACCAACAGAGGGGUCCAACAACAUGGCAGACAGCAAACUGAAAAAAAGCACAAUCCAACAGCCAAAGUGACAUUCCUGGAACGAAUGAUGGAGAAAGUUUAUGAACUCAUGCACGACUUCUCAGAAGUAGCCAAGGAGGAGACUGUACAGGUGGAGCAGGAGGGAGAUCCUCUCACAGUCAAGAAGUUGAAAGAGAAUCUCAAGAGAUUCAGUACAGAUUCCAAGCCCAUCUGGGAGUUUGGAAGUUCUUUAACGGAUCUCCUUGGGUGGAAGACUCCUUCUGCCACCUUCUUAUCUUUUUUUAUUUACAUGUACUUUGCAUGGCAAGGCUGGCUUCUCCAGUUUUUCCUGUUCCUGUGCAUCCUGAGACUUUCCCUUAACUACCUCAUUGCCAAAGGAUGGAAGAUCUCGUUCGAAAUCAUUCCUCGAAGAGCACAACCAAAGAAGGAGCCAGAGGAAAGUCAAGAAAACGUUGGGAUGGCUGACAAGUUCCAACUGGUGCUGCAGGUGGCAAGGAAGGUUCAGAACACAUUGGGACAGGUGGCAGACAGUUUGGAGAAACUCAAGAAUCUCCUGACAUGGCAGCAUCCAGAGGCCACCCGGCAGCUGUACUCCAGCCUGUGGAUGGCAUUCCUGGCCAGCUGUGUCAUCCCAGGGCAGUACCUGGUGCCCAUGUUUGGAGUUGGCCUUGGUAUCAAGUUGUUCCUUAUUGACUACGUCUUCAAACGUUUCCCGCGAGUCCGUUCUAAGUACGACAACACCCACCGGAUCUGGCAGACAUUGCCGACAGACCUGCAGCUGAAGUCAGGCAGCUGGGUCGUGGUGCAGGGAUCCAGAUCAGAGCCAUACCUGCCCAUCCCAUCCACACCUCCCCCAGAACUCGAUGCUUCAGCUGUAGUUAACAGUGCCCCGACCAGCCUGGCCACCACACCCACUGGCACAGACACCACAGAGUUCCUACAGCUCUUCAACCUGCCCUCCACAGAGGUGCCACAGCAAGAGUGGGAAGAUGGUCGCCACUGCGUGCUGAUUGACAGGGACAAGGGGCUAACAUCCGGGGGUAUCAAACAUGGCAGGCUCUAUCUCACCAAAAAUUUCUUGUGUUAUGAACGCUCCAAGAGUAAUCCUUCCAAGAAUGUCAAAAUCCAGCUAGGGGACAUAGUAGGACUGGAAAAGGCCAAAGCUCUACCAUUUAUGCCAGGUAAUGGGAUGUCCUUAGAAGUGAAAGUCAACAAUGCAGAAAAGCCCUACUUGUUUGGUGCAAUGAUUAACCGUGAUGAAGUCUACGACCAGGUGUUGGUUGCUUCCAGACAUGCAUCCCAAUCAUGGACAGUCGAUGAGGAGGAGGAUGAAGAAGAGGGGUCCUCAUGAACCAAUUAACCAGGCACUGGCCAUGGUAUACCAUGAACAGCCACUUUGUGGUUAGUUAAAAGAAAAGUUGUGAAGAGACUACUAUGUAUUCCAUGGCUCAAUUGUUGCAAUUUGCAGAUGAUAUCAAAGAAUGUUAAUGGUUGACAGAAAGUAGUCUAGCUGCUGUUCCCUCCAGGUUUUUCCCACCUACAGUUGUGCUUUCAUAGAAGCUAUUGGCUGCUGUUGACCCUGCCCCACGUGAGCUACGUAAAGCCAACGUGUCUUGCUGUUCAAGGUCCCAGGCUAUGAGUACAUGUACAAUCAGUUACUGUAGGUUUUUUUGUGGUUCAACUGCUACAUGCAAGUAAAAUCAAUUUCUGCUAUACUGUUUUACAUGUUUGCACUGCUACUCAGAGGCAGGAAUUUUCACAAGCCAUGCACAGUAUGCAAUUACACAAGGCUACCUUGGCUGGCAUGGAAUUGCUAUGUUUUGCAGUGUUACACGUAAAGCAUUAGACUUGAAAAUCUUUUGUUGUGAACUUUGUUGCAACACUUCUAGCUUACUAUUGAGAUCAAAGCUGUUACUUAAUCACUAUAUAACCUUUUCAUAUUCCCAUUAUAUAUGACACUUUGCAUCAUCUACAAUAGCAGGAAAACUUUCCUUUGCGAAGAAUGGUAAACUCUUUUUUUUUUUCUUACAAAAUGCUGCUAUCUUUUGUUUAUUACUUGGUAAUGCUAGGUAAGACAGAUGUUCAAUUUCCCAAUUUUUAUUCGAGUUGUAGCCAAAUUAGUUUUCUAUCUUUGUUGUGCCUUGACAGUCUUCAUCUUUGCUGGCUGGUUCGAGAACUCCAGUUUUGCCUGAGAUUUUGCCUGGUCAAGUAUUUAGCCAAAAGUCUUGCCCCAGCCCCCAGCCCUUCCCCUUACACAAACACA